AAUCCACCAUUAAUGGAGUUCCAAUCACCCUUUUCAGUCAUCAUCGCUUUCCUAGUUUUUCUUUUCUUCUUUCUAUUCCAAUUGGUUAAGGUCAUGAAAAGAUCUAGUAAGCCAAAGUUGCCACCAGGUCCAUGGAAGUUGCCCUUCAUUGGUAACAUGCUGUCCAUGAUAAGCUCAGAGCUAUCACAGGAAAUCCUUAGGAACCUAGCCAGGAAAUAUGGACCACUCAUGCACCUGCAACUCGGGGAAAUUUCCGCGAUUGUUGUAUCAUCUACCCAGGUCGCAAAUGAAAUCUUCAAGAAUGAUGUAUCGUUUGCAAACCGGCCUGAAAUUCUCCUCGCAAAGAUAGUUCUAUACAACAGUACAGACAUUGGGUUUGCAGCUUAUGGUGAUUACUGGAGGCAAAUGCGAAAAAUCUGCACCUUGGAACUUCUCAGUACGAAGAAGGUACAAUCAUUUGCUACCAUCAGGGAGCAAGUGGCCAGGGGCGUUGUUGAUUCAAUUAGGGAAUCCUCAGGAUUUCCUAUUGAUCUUACGGAGAUCAUAUUCAUCUCAACGAAUACUGUGACAUCCACAGCUGCAUUCGGAGAGAAAUACAAGGACCAAGAGGAACUUCUACGAUUACUCAAAGAAAUGGGUGAAACAGCAAGUGGUUUUGAUGUGGCAGAUUUAUUUCCUUCAUACAAGAUUCUUCAUGUUCUCACAGGAAUGAAGCCUAAAUUGGAGAAAUUGCAUCAUAAGCUUGACAAAAUACUAAAUGACAUCAUUAACAUGCACGAAGAGAACCGUGCAGGCUUAAAAAGCCGAAUUGGUGAUGCGGGAGAGGAAGAUCUAGUUGAUGUUAUGCUUAGACUUAAAGUCAGUGGUGAUCUUGAGUUUCCCAUUACAUCAGAGAAUAUCAAAGCAAUCAUCCUGGAUGUAUUUGCAGCAGGAACUGAUACUUCUUCAUCAACAGUUGAAUGGGCAAUGUCAGAAAUGGUGAGAAAUCCACAAGUGAUGGCAAAGGCGCAAGCGGAAGUUAGAGAAGUACUCAAAGGAAAGGAGGUAGUAAACGAGACGGAUUUCCAACGACUGAAUUACCUGAAGCUGGUUAUCAAAGAAACGCUGCGUUUGCAUCCACCGAUUCCCUUGUUACUCCCAAGAGAAUGUAGGGAAAGAUGUGAGAUUAAUGGAUACAUGAUACCGGUUAAGACCAAAGUCUUUAUCAACGCAUGGGCACUAGGACGAGAUCCUGAAUUCUGGAUCGAUGCCGAGAAUUUCGUGCCUGAGAGAUUUGAAAAUAGUCAUCUUGAUUUCACAGGAAGUAGCUGCGAAUAUAUACCAUUUGGUGCAGGAAGGAGAAUAUGUCCUGGCCGUACAUUUGGUUUGGCUAAUGUUGAGUUUCUUCUUGUGAAUUUGCUGUAUCACUUUGAUUGGGAACUUCCUAAUGGGAUGGAGCAUGGAGAAGUGGACAUGAGUGUCAACAUCAAAACAGGAGGUAGGAAAAAGAAUAGUUUGUGUUUGGUUCCUAUCCCACGACUUGAAUGA